GAUUUGCCCCAGCUGUGUUUCCCUCCUGUUGUCCAUUCCCUGAUUGCUCCCUCUAUGUAUUUAAGCCCUGUGUUUCAGUUUGUCAUGGUUGUGAUCUCCCCCUGUGUUGUAAAUGGUUUGUUGUAUAUAGAUGGAAAUAGUUGUUGAUACUUUUUCCUUACUCGGUAGCUGUAGGGGUGAGAAGCCAUUUUUCUUUGGGAACCUUUUCUCCAGUUUUUGGUUAGGGAGGCAGGCCAGCCCACACCAGGUGCUCUCUGUAUUGCUCACUCCCAAGACCUGACUCCAGGACGUGCUGGAGAAAUGACAUCUCUGAGCUGGCCUAGGAAUGCCUCAGUGGAAAGAAAAAGAUGCUGAAAUGAGCCACUUUUGAGCUGAAGAGAAAGAAGAUGAAGCUCCAUGUGACUUCAUCACUUCUGGAUGUUGUACAGCACCGGGUCUAUAUGAUGCACUGAUUUCAUCAUCCACUCCACAAGGCUGCCGAUCCAAAGCGCCUGACAGCAGCUCAGUGUGCCUUUGUCCUGACUCACCCCGAGUCAGACACAGCAGAUGGCCUCCCCACCACGGGCCUGGGGUUCUUGCUGGGGUUUCUUCCUUCCCAUUGCUGCCAAAGAGCCUGCUCAUAGUGGGGGAACCUGAUUGUUGAAGGUUUUCUCUGCAUCAUUGUAGGGUUUUUACCUUACAAUAAAAUGAGCCUUUAGGCAACUGUUGAGUUCAGGCUGUAUAAAAAACACAAUUAAACUGAGCUGACCUUUGACCUCCCAGUAAACCUCUCAGGUCCACACGGCACUUGUUUAAACUGCUCAGCACUCUCACACAGCCUCCUGUCAUGUAGCUUCUCCCCAACACAUUUCACAACUUGGCUCACUUUGAUUUUUCCCACGUAAAUUAAUGAUAAUAAAAUAUUAUGAACAAUAUAAUAAUGUUAUGGACACUGGAGUGUUCUGUGGCUACAGCACCACCAAACAAAAAGUGAUGAUCAGAAUAUGUUUGUUAAUAUUAGCACCUUGUGUUACGUCUUAUUGCCAGCUUCAGUUACACGGGGCAGAAAUCUAUUUAGGCUAGCGCCAUUUACAAUGCUGGUGUAUGCCGUUUGGGCGGACCCUGACAUCACAUCAGUUCAUGCGCAUGUGGCAAGCCUUUCUCUCAGUUUCUAAACCUAACGGAGCUUCGCGAUAACGCAGAAGAUUGAUAACGGAAACACUUCACUGUCAGAUGGUCAGGAUGAGCCUUUCAUCAGUGUUUGUGUUCUUUCUUCCUUUUAUCUGUGAGGGGUUGGGAGCACUGAUCCAAACCACUGUGGGGGCAGAUGUGGAGUUUCCGCUCUCAGAGGAGUGCAGGAAGGGAGAGGGCACACUGUAUCAGCGGCUGGAUGAUGCCAGCACUCAGCUCAUCGCAUCUCUAAAUGGUUACUGGAAGCCAGGGCGAGAUUACACUGACCGUGUGGUCGUAGGACGCGAUUCGUUAAACUUAACAAAUGCUAACUUCAAUGACAACGGACAUUAUGAGUUUACCUGCAACAGGAAACACUUGGAAGCUUACAAGCUGGAGGUAUUUGUGCCCUCUGAAGUUGCUGUAUCCCAGGGUGGGGAUGCCAUCCUCCCGUGUCGCUCCGUCACAGCGGGCCAGUCGGUGAAGUCUGUGCGCUGGAGGAGAAACGGGGAAGUACUGCUGGAGCUGAAUGGUCGGACAGGGGAAAUCACAUACGGGGAUGACUUUAACAGAAGCCGGGUAUCGAUACCAUCUGACUGGGACCGACGGGCAGACCUGUCCCUCACCAUAAAGGGAGCUCAGCAACAAGACGGAGGAGUUUAUUACUGCGACAUAGAGAAGGCCGAGAGACACCGCUCUGCUGUCCGCCUGCGAGUGCGCAAACCACCGG